CCUUAGUGCCUACCAACGGAAAUUAAUUAUCUUCAACGGCGUUCAACUUAUGUCGGACGAAUUUAGUUGUCGGGAAUAAUUGCCCUGAUUCCUAUAGCGAUUCAAAGACUCAUUUGCUUGUUUUCUCAAGGGUAUAGCCAUUUUUCGUCGCAUGAACGCGGCGGCUACCUUUACUCGUUUGCUCGUAAAUUUUAUGGCUCUUCACUUGUAAGUGUGUGCUUACGCGUUGUGUGUUGUUCAGUUCCACUCCCACCUGCGUUUGGGUUGGGAGUUGGGACCGAUAUUCAUGUGAAUAGAAGCAUAGGAAUUCAGACACCUAGCUAGGCAUAUUUGGAGCUUUUUUUUGUAGAUCUGGAUGCUGGGUUUAGUAGAUAAUGCAAUGGCCGUUUAUCCUACAGAAAGCGUCCGGCCGGUGAAAGCAGGUAGCAGAGGUGUGCACUACUGCAAUCACAUGCGCAACACAGCAUGGCUAAGCAAGCGGCUUUCGGGGCAUCGUAGCAUAUGGUUUCCCUUUUACCGCCUUAACUUCUCCGUCGCACGUUCGACUUUAACUUCUGGUCUCGGAAGGCAGAGACCAGAGAGAGCAAACCAGAGAGCAGAGGCCAAAGCAAGCAAACGAGCCAGCCACUAUCCAUGGCCAUCCUCAUCGCCAACCUCUCGGCCGUCGUCACGGGCGCGCUCGAAGCGGCAAGGGCCAUUGCCACCGAGACGCUCCCGGCGGCCGUGACGAGGGACGCCGUCGUCGAGGCGUCGAGAGCCUCGGUGGCAUGGCUCACGAGCUACCUGUGGGCCUGGCUGGCCGUCGCCGUCGACAACCUCCCGGCGGGCGCCGCGGCGGUGAGCUCCGCGGCCGACGCCUCGGGGCCCUGCCUCCAGACGGCGGCCAAGCUCCUCCGCGGCCUCUACGCCUGGCUGGCCGCCGCGGUGGUCCAGAAGCUCCCGGACGUCGCCGCCGAGAAGCUGCUGGGCGACGCGGCGGCGUGGCUCGUGCGCGGCCGCGGCGGCGCGGUGUACGCCACGCUGGCGCUCGCGCUCCUGGCCGUCGCCUUCCUCGGUGGCGCCGUGUGCGCGCUCACCUGCCGCCGCUCCAUGAUGAGGCCCGGGCCCGGGACCGGGCUCGGCGGAGCGCGGAGCGUGCUCGAGGCCAACCCCAAGCGCUACUGCUACGCCACCGUGCGGACCGUGCGGCGCCGCGCCGGUGGGGCUGCUGGUUGCAAGAUGCUUCCGGCCGGGCUUCUCGUCGCGUUCGUGGCCUACCUGGCUGCAAAAACGCUCUACUAAUGCCUGAGGUGUUACGCUAGGUGUCCCGAUCUUAGAAGCACGAAUGCUGCAUGCCUGCAAAUCACGCUGUAGUUGAAUUUCAAGUGGGUUUUUUUUUUUGCCCGCUCUUAACUCGCAAAAUAUAAAAAUAUGCAACUCACUGUUGAGGAUACAUGGGAGAACUAAAGAUUGUGCGAUUUGGCAGUGCAACUGAAAAGUUGA